UAUUUGUCGCGUUCUCUUAUUCACCCUGGCGGCGCAGCCGGUUCCGAUUUCUCCCGGCUGCAACGUAGCGGCGCACCCUAGCGCCCUCGCUUACAACGAAGAAACCGAAGGUCAACAGAACGCGCUCGCUCGCUCGUUGGGGCAGGACGCGUUAUUUUGCCGGUUCAGCCAGGCUUUUUGUCACUGCUUUGUUUGAGACCGGGUGGCCUUUGUGACCGCUUGUGACGCUCGUUCUUUUUGUUGGUGACGAAUUGUCGGUACGCCACCUCGGUGUUCGCGUCAACGCGAAGACUGGUGUCACCACCGACCGUACGCGUCUCCUCGCCGGGCAGCAUCGCCUCGUGUACGACUGUUCGCUGUAAACUGUGGCAGACUCCCACGCAUCGAGCAUGGAUGGGGAAGCUACCGAGGAGCCCGAUCUGUGUAACAGCCCGGGCCCGCUGGAAAUCGCCUUGGACUGUUCGAGCGUGGAGUCGUCCAGCUGCGAAGCAGCUACGCCAUCUCCGCGGGAACCUUCACCCGUUGAACCAGUUCCGCCACUGGCGAUAAACAAUGCUUCGAGGAAGAAGAUGAAGAAGACUGGUCGCCGAUUCGCGGAGUCACUCUCGAUGCAGAAGAAGAAGAGGAAGAAGGAACGUGACUCUGCCGCUGAAGAGGAUACCGCCGGCAGAAGCCCAAGAGCUCCCCGGAAACGGAAGUCGUAUUCCGUCACGGAAAAGCUGGCUCUGGUAGCCGAGGUGGAGGCGGGACGAAAGAAGGUGGACAUCUGCCGCGAGUACGGCAUCUCGGCCUCGACGUUGGCGAGCAUCACCAAGCACAAGGAGCAGUUCAUGGCGGCGUACGAGGAGAGCCGGCUGAAGGCCAAAAGGCUGCGCAAGGCCACGCGCGAGGAUCUGGACCGUGCCCUGCUGCGCUGGUACCACCAGGCCACGGCCUCCGGAACCCCCAUCAGCGGGCCGCUGCUGCAAGCCAAAGCGGAGAAGAUUGCCGCUGAACUCGGGUACGAGAACCGCACGGUGCCCAACGCGUGGAUCGACCGCUUCAAGAAGCGGCAUGCGAUCACCUACGCUCGCGAGCGCAAGGAGAUGGGCGCCGACAUUCCGGACGUGGACACCUGGCUGAACACGUCGUGGCCGCAGAUCCGCUCCGGCUACUCCUCCUGGGACAUCUUCAGCGCCGUCGAGACCGGCCUGUUCUUCAGGGCGUUGCCCAAGGAAGCGGCACAGCUCAACGGGGCCACCUGCGAACAAGGACAACUGGCCCAGGACAGGUUCACCAUCUACCUCUGCACAAACAUGACCGGCGAUGAACGGCGGCCGCUAACGGUCGUGGGCGCGUCUCCGCUGCCUCACAGCGUCGUCCUGCCGGGUCUCACGUACUCCGUGAACGAGAAGUCGUGGAUGACGCGGCGGGUGUUCGUCGAGGAACUACGUCGCUGGGACCGCGAGCUGGAGGCUCGCAAGCGAAAGGUCCUGCUUCUAGUGGACCAGACCGUGUGCCACGAGCUGGGCAAAAAGGCCAACCUCAAGUACAUCGACGUCAUCUACCCUCCUCCGAACACGAGCGGCCUCCUAAUCCCCUUGGACCAAGGGGUCGUGCACGCGCUCAAGCGAAACUAUCGCAAGGCACUCGUAGUCCACACUGUGCUUCAGGAGAUACCCACGGUCCUACAGGUCCGCGAGGCCCUGCGACUUCUGGCCGUCGCUUGGAGGGACGUCAAGGACAAGACCAUCAGGUCCGCUUUCGGGGCUUGUGGUCUGCACAGCAUCCACCAUCUCAAUGACAGCGCCGAAGAAGGACGGCGACCACGACGGGACGGACGAUCCUCUCGAGCUAUGGUCGUCCCACUACGACCUGCCCGAAGACCUGGUUGACGGCAUCGGCGAGUUCGAAAACAUUGACGAGUUCGUGGCCACGUCGGCCAAGCUGCAGACCGAUCAGGUCGGAGAAGACGCCGGCGAGCAACGGCUAUCUUUGUCCAAGACCGACGGAAACACGCGGUUGUCAAAGAAGGCUGACAGUAUAGCUUCGUACGAAGUCCUAGACGCGAUCGACUUGCUCCUGAAAUAUUGCGAUAACUCGCCUCUCGGUAUUAGCAGGACUGACGCUGAGAAAGCUGCCCUAGGACUUAACGCUUUGCGCGCCAGCGCCCAGGUGACGGCUUUCAAUAGGACGUAUUCUCUGAACUCUAAGUGAUGUGCCGGACAUUGAAGCGUUUCUCGUUAGUUUGAAGACGACCCGUCGAAGAUCUGCCAGCUGUUCAACUGCAAUCUCGCCCUCUUGGUGUGGAUGACGAAACCAUGUGAAUUCAUCCGAUUAAUUUCGGGACUACUCUGUAUGCGAAUGCGGCCUUGUUAGCGAAAAACAUUGGCUAUCAGGUCAAUGGCGAUGUGCCAGAAGUGCGGUGGCGUGGAUUCAUCCAAAAAUUUCUGUUUGUUCUUUAAGUGUGCUCGAGAAGUUGCAGCCACAACUCUCCAGUUGCCACUGUGGCCAUGAAUGCUGCGGAGGGAACUGGAUGACUUGACAUUCUUCGCGUAACUUCUGAAACAGACGCCCUCGAACGUGCGCACUUUUCAAGCGCCACGCUGGGCGCAAUGCCGAGUCAGUCGGCGUUUGAACACUGUAUGAAAACAACUCGAAUUGUGACACAAACACCACAGAGUUCAAGUAGUAAAUUAGGGCAUUACACUCUCGGAGCCCUGCAGGCAAAGCCUGACGAAACUGAUGAUGUCGGUGAAGAUGUAAACUUGGGCACACUGUGUUCCGAAGGUUGUUGAGACAGAAAUAAAGGUAUCAGUUCUGUG